AUGGGGCAGCUGAGAAUGAUCCGCAGUUCAGAGGAAGGCCUUAACCUGGUUAAUGACAUCGUCAAACGCUAUGUAUACUGCUGCCUUACGUGGUUUGGACCCAUCUACCCAAUAGUGAGACUUUUCCAUCCAACCUACAUCAAAUGUGUCCUUUUGGCAUCAGCUUCCAUUGCCCCAAAGGACAAACUUUUCUACGGUUUCCUCAGGCCUUGGUUGGGUGACGGCCUGCUGAUCAGUAAAGGGGAGCGAUGGGCUCGGCACAGGCGCCUGUUAACACCCGCCUUUCACUUCGACAUCCUCAAACCCUACGUCAAAAUCUUCAACCAAUCAACCAACAUCCUCCACGAGAAAUGGGAGCGGCUGUUAUCAGAGGGAGCGACUUCACUGGAGAUGUUUGAACACAUUAGUCUGAUGACCUUGGACAGUCUCCUGAAAUGUACCUUCAGCUACGACAGUAACUGCCAGCUAAAGUCAAGUGACUACAUUGCUGCCAUCUAUGAGCUGAGCACGCUGGUGGUGAAGAGGGAACGUUACUUACCACAUCACAGCGACUUCAUUUACAAACACUCGGCCAAUGGCAAGAGAUUCGCCAGGGCCUGUGAUCUGGUGCACUCCUAUUCACUGGAUGUCGUGCAGCGACGUCGGGAGAUCCUGAGGGAGCAAGGGGCAGACGCCUGGCUCCAGUCCAAACAAGGCAAAGUGACCGACUUCCUGGAUGUCCUGCUGCUGUCAAAGGAUGAGGAUGGCAACAGCCUAUCAGAUGAGGAGAUCCAGUCAGAGGCUGAUACCUUCAUGUUUGAGGGACAUGACACUACAGCCAGUGGGAUCUCCUGGGUGUUGUAUAAUCUCGCUCGACACCCAGAAUAUCAGAACAAGUGUCGAGAGGAAAUCCAGGAGCUGUUGAUGUCAAGAGAUGAUAAAGAGCUGGAGUGGGAUGAUCUCUCCCAGAUGCCCUUUACCACCAUGUGUAUCAAGGAGAGCCUGCGGCUCCACCCACCAGUGACCACCGUGGCACGGUGCUGCACCGAGGAUAUCCAACUACCAGACGGCAGGGUCAUCCCAAAAGGGAACAUCUGUCUGAUCAGCAUCUACGGAACCCACCACAAUCCUGCAGUCUGGUCAGAUCCUGAGGUCUAUAACCCGUAUCGCUUCGAUUCCACAUACACCGACAAGAGAGCACCCCACGCCUACAUUCCCUUCUCGGCUGGCCCCAGGAAUUGUAUCGGGCAGAACUUUGCCCUGUCGGAGAUGAAGGUGGCCGUGGCUCUGACACUGCACCGCUACAGGUUAACACUGGACCCUUCACACACAGUCCGCAGGAAACCCGAGCUGAUCCUCAGAACCGAGAAAGGGAUCUGGCUGGGACUGGAGCGGCUCUCAGGAACACAGCUGAGGGCUGCAAAACCACAGAGGGAAUUGCAAAAUGGCACAGAAGAGGGGAGGGGAAGUUUGACUUAACUUGCAGUUGCCGUGGCCUACAGAUUUUUUUUUUGUACUUACUGCUACAUGAAUAAACUCCCAAGAUACGAUGCGGAAUAAAAGCAUGAGCUACUUGGAGCUUGCUGCGUAAAAACUCA